UACAGCGUACGCCAGAACAACAGAGACGAGGUUGGGUACCAAUUUGACUGGGGAUGCCACUUUCUUUUGAUAUGGCGUUUUAAAAAUUAUCUUUUAAAAUAUUGCUUCUUUUCUUUCUGAAGUCGAAUGAACGUUCACGCACGUAUAUAUCGCCAUUUUAUCGCAUCCCGUGGUCUGGACGCGCUACAGUUCCAGUGUUUCACUAGUACAGUAGCGUUGGGAUGUAUUUCACCUGUAAGAGAACAUUAAUGUGCUUUACCAAGAUUUUGUGAGCCGUUAUACGACAUGAACUGCAUCCGUUGUCUUGCAUCUAAAUGAAACCGUGCGCAUUGCAGUGCGGUUUGUUUUCGUUUCGUCUCAUUUUGGGGGGGUCGGGCAUCCCCACGCAUUUAAUCGAUAAUCGAUUAAAUGGACUUGGGGCAGAUGUCACGCUUUCUUCUAUGCCAUCAUCAUCACUGUAUAUGAUACAGUGUAGCUCUAUUUGGGACAUCACUGGCUCUCUUGUUUCAUAAAUGAAAAACAAACCCUACCCUCUGAAAUUCACAGCACCAUGGGAGAAGAAUGCUGGUUUUGGAAGAAAACUCAAGCCUUGCACCAGAAACAGCACCAAAAUAAUAGCCAACCCAGGCAUUGUCAUGAAAGUGCUACGCCGGAAGAAGAUCAUUAUGUUUCUUGCCUAUUUUCUGCUGGUGGCUUUGACCAUGUUGAACCUGGCUAAUUAUAAAUGGACCAAAGAGCCACAGCAAUGCAACCAUCCAAUGCAGGGAAUGCCUGUCCAAAGCAGAUCGGACAUCCGUUUCCUUUACAAAGCCCACCAGAUCAAGAAAAGGCAGCUUGUGUAUGUAUUGACCACUUGGAGGUCCGGUUCGUCCUUUUUUGGGGAGCUGUUCAACCAAAAUCCAGAUGUGUUUUUCUUGUAUGAACCUAUGUGGCAUAUCUGGCAAAAACUGUACCCGGGGGAUGCUGUGUCCCUCCAGGGAGCAGCCCGGGACAUGCUGAGCUCUCUUUACAGGUGUGAUUUCUCGGUUUUUCAGUUGUACAACAGCCCUGGGGGAAAGAACAUAACCUCGCUCGGACUGUUUGGUGCCACUCUUAAUAAGGUCAUCUGCUCGUACCCCCUCUGUUCGUCCUACAGGAAGGAUGUAGUGGGCAUGGUAGACGAUAAAGUUUGUAGAAAGUGCCCUCCGCAGAGCCUCCAAGCCCUGGAGGAGGAAUGUUUAAAGUACAACACUGUAGUCAUCAAGGGAGUCCGUAUUUUGGAUAUUAACAUUUUGGCCCCCUUGAUGGAGGACCCCUCUUUGAAUCUGAAAGUCAUCCAUUUAGUCAGAGACCCCAGGGCGGUGGCCAACUCCAGGAUUAAAUCUCGACACGGACUCAUACGAGAAAAUUUACAAGUCCUGCGCAGCAGAGACCCCAAGCUGCGUCGUGUGCCAUUUGCGGACCCGAACCACAAAGUGAACAAAAAAGACGGUGCAGACUAUCACUCCAUAGAAGCCAUGGAAGUGAUUUGUGAACGGGCAUCCAGAACUCUGAAAACCGCCCUCCACCCUCCCACCUGGUUCAAGGGGAAAUACAUGACUGUACGUUACGAGGACUUAGUGGAAAACCCUAUUAAAACGGUUCGGAAUGUUUAUCGCUUCGUUAACCUUUCAGCCAGUCAGGACAUUGAGGCCUUCGCCAUGAAUAUGACAACAGGAAGUAGCGCCUCCACUAAACCUUUCAUCGUUUCGUCCAGGAAUGCAACACAAGCUGCAAGCGCUUGGAGAACUCUGCUUAGCUACCAGCAGAUCAGGCAGGUGGAGGAGUAUUGUCAGCAUGCAAUGUCUCUGCUUGGAUACCUGCGUGUUCGCACAUCCGGAGAGGCUAAGGAUUUGAGCAAAUCAUUGUUGACAGUGCCCAAAAUAUAAAAUAUCGCCAAAGACGUUUGUUAGAUUGAAGUCGUUGUGUUUUGCAUUUGUGCCCAUAGCAGCCUGGUUCUCAUUCUUAACAAACUUAUCUAUGUUCAGUGCUUAAUGGCUCAGUGGAAUGUAUCUGUUUGCAUCAUACUGUACAGAGACACUUAUGUUGGGACCAGAAUAUUGUCUGUGCAUUGCCAGAUGUUUGACCAAAUAAGAGAGGAAAACAAUUACCUCGUGUACAAUGUGUCAUUAAUCAUUAAAAGUACAGCAAUAUAUUUAUUUAACCAAAACCUUUAGAUAUAGUUUUCUCUUCAUUAUAUUUACGAUAUACAAAACAAAGCUAAUUUUUACAUUGUACGUGAGACAUCUAUCUAUAGGUUACCACAGUUAAGGGUGGGCGAUAUGACCAAAAUCUUAUAUCACGGUACGACUGAUUUUAUAUCACGAUAAUGAUAUGUAUCACGGUAUAGUACAUUUUUUUGGGAAAAUCAAGAAAAAAUUAGUUUAUAUAUUAAUUAAACUCAAAUUAAAAAAUAAAGUAAGAAACCUAAUGAAACUAAUGAAAUUAAUUUAGCAUUAUGCCACAUUUCAGUCUGACGUUAACCAUUAUUAUUAUUAUUACUAUAAACUUUCCUCAAUAAACUCAAGAACUUCUCAAAGCAAUGCAACAAGAAAAUAAUACAUAAGUAAAAAAAUAUCCAAUAAAAAUAAACACUUCUUGCAGAAUUAUUUUUUUUGACAGAAUUAAUGCAGAGCGCAUCUUUUGCCUUUCAUAAUAUUGUUUUGUGUGCUUCAUUUUGAGGUGCUAAAACAGAUUGCUUGUAGUAUGAGUGAUUAUCGUCGUCGUGCGACACAGUUUGCAGAUUACAUUUUUCUGCUCACUGUUGGCUUUUGUGAACCCACAGCACAGAUGUCACACCUGUUUUAAUAACAAGCUCAUCUUCAUUUUCAUGACUUGAUUGGUAGUCGUCCCAUUCUGUGGAGAUGUCUUUAAAGUUUUUACUAGGUCAAUUAUUAAGUAGCACGAGUGAUCCCGCUCUGCGCUCUCCUGUCUGUGGAGCACAAAUAUCAGGAAGCCUGCUGGAGUCGCGCGUACUUGCACAUUCACAUGAAAUACAGAUGUGCUCAUCAGAUGAGAAGCAUACACCAAUCAGCCACAACAUUAAAACCACCUGCCUAAUAUUGUGUACUAUAUUAAUACUAACAGCACCAACCCGCAUCUCAUAAUAGCAUUCUGAAAUGCUAUUCUUCUCACCACAAUUGUACAGAGUGGUUAUCUGAGUUACCGUAGACUUCAGCUGUUUGAACCAGUCUGGCCAUUCUCUGUUGACCUCUCUCAUCAACAAGGCAUUUCCAUUCACAG